AUGCCCUACCCCAGGGCCAUCGUAUGGACAGCUUUUGCUCUUUCCGGAAGUCUGGCUCUGCCAACAUGGCCCUCCGCUAUCGACGAGCUAGAAGAUCUCAUGUUUCUCAACACUGGCUACCAUGCACGAGGAUUCUCUGCCGGCGUCACUCCAUGUUCAUUCUCCCAGCAGGGACCGUCUCGGAUUGCGUCUGCUGAGUGGAUUCGCACUGCUUUUCAUGACAUGGCUACCGGUAACGUUUUUACAGGUGUUGGUGGACUGGACGCAUCCAUCCAGUAUGAGCUUGCCGGGAAUGGGGGAGAAAAUAUAGGAGCUGCGUUCAAUACGACGUUGGAGACUUUCACGCCCUUCUUCUCGCCGAGAUCGUCCAUGGCUGACUUGAUUGCGCUUGGGAUAUACACUGCUGUGCGGUCUUGCGGCGGCCCGGUUGUAAAGAUCAGGGCUGGGAGAAUCGAUGCAACCGAACGGGGCGCAUUCGGCGUGCCGCAGCCUGAGAACUCCCAGGGAACAUUCAUUAACCAGUUUGCCCGGACGGGAUUCAAUGUCUCGGACAUGAUCGCUGUCACAGCGUGCGGACAUACCAUGGGGGGAGUUCAUGCCUCGAACUUCCCUCAGAUCACUGUUCCGGGGACGGUGCCAAAUGACUUUCAGCUGUUUGACUCAACCAUCGCGUUUGACGAGAGGAUAGCAGCAGACUUUGUUGGCGGAGUGACAGGCAACCCCCUUACCGGCAUGACUGCGAAGAGGAACUCUCGAGACUCUGAUACAAAAGUCUUCACAGCGGAUCGGAAUGUUACUAUCGCGGCGCUGGCUGACCCAACAACCUUUCAGGCUACUUGCGCCAGAGUACUGCAGAAGAUGAUAGAAGUUGUCCCAUCAGGAGUUAAUCUGACGGCUCCAAUUGAGCCUUAUGAGGUGAAGCCGAGCAGACUGCAGCUCUCUCUGGCUGGCAACGGCAGCACGAUCGAUUUCUCUGGCGAAAUCCGGGUUAGAACCACCACCAGACCGCUUACCUCUAUCUCAAAGGCCGAGAUUGUGUAUAAAGACCGCCUCGGAGGCUCAGACUGCGGAUCCUGUAUCAUCAGUACCGAGUACAAGGGCGCCGCUGAAGGCUUUGAUGAUUCUUUUGCUUUCUACGGAUUCUCUACCAGUGUCCCAGUAGAGACAUCUAUCUCCCGGUUCAACGUACGGAUAGUCUUGAACACGGGGGAGGCCAUUAUAUAUGACAACAAUGGGUCCGGAUAUCCUGUUCAGGAUACGAUCAUGUUUCAGCCUAAGCAGAGCUGUGUAUUAGGAGACAAUAUUCCUGGUAACUUUGUCGUAGUAGCUGCUGUCCGAGACACCGCAAAUUCUCCCAGAGUGACCCUCUCUGUUACUAAAAAAAUACCACGGAGUUGCUGUGUUACUCCUGCUUUGACGACUCAGACGGUACCAAUGCUAUCACAAACGACCAUUGGUUUAUAUACACUCUACUCUGGAAAUUAUUCGCUCGCAGCUGUGUCUAAAUCCAGCACGAAGUUCGACAUCUCCCUCUCAAGCGACGGGGCAACGGUAUCGGAUUCGUUCAAGAACACCGCUGACUUAGGGUCGACGUGCGUGCCUUUUGGCUCUAACGGUACAACUGUGCCAGAUUAUACCUUUGACGGAUGUUAUACCGAUAGCCCAGAGUCUAGGACACUCACAGGAGCUGCGUUUGUAGACGGAAACAUGACCGUUACCGCUUGCUCCAGCUUGUGUAAAGGCUACCAGUUUUUUGGCCUUGAAUAUGGAAUCGAGUGCUAUUGCGGGAACUCAAGGAGUAACGCAACCAUGCAAGCACCCGAAUCUGAAUGCAACCAGCCUUGCGGCGGUGACAACUCUGAGACUUGUGGUGCAUCUUAUCGCGUUGGUAUCUAUAAGGAUAACACAUGGAUUCCGACAACCAACCCCCAGAUCCCAGGUUACGACUAUUCUGGGUGCUUCAACGAUUCGGCCAGCGCUCGUGCGCUGUCAGACAGCUUCGUGUACAACGAGAAGAUGACGGUGGAACUAUGUGCCACAUUUUGCAACGGCACGAAGUACUUUGGGACUGAAUACUUCAGCGAGUGCUACUGCGGAGCCAAUCUGUCCCCAGAGAGCACUCUGAAAGCCGAGGCGGAUUGUAGUUUAUUCUGCUCCGGGAACAAUACUCAGUAUUGCGGCGGAAGUAACAGGAUAAACUUAUAUACAAAGACUGAAAUGUUCAGGUAG